GCCAAGAAGGACCUUCCUGAAGGAACUUCCUUCCAAAAAACCUUUCGCCUGCGACGACUUGGCAUUCGAUCAAUGGCUUUGACGUGCCCAGGCCCUAUCCGCUUCCUAUCCACCAUGACAACGCACAUCCCGAUGCCACUCAUCCGCAUUGCCAAUGCUGGCGAAGUACACCCCUUCGGCGACGAGCGCACGGUGCACCAAGCAUUCCCGGCCGGCAUCCCGUCGGCGGAGAGCGAUCCGUUCUUGAUGUGCGACAGCUUUGCAUUUGCGUCGGAAGGCAUUUCGUCCGACCCGGACUACUUUCCGAUAAACUGGCACCCCCACCGCGGCAUGGACAUCCUGUCAUACAUCAAGACUGGCGUCGGUCGGCACGGAGACUCCAUGGGCAACCGGGAAACGUUUGCAACGCCAGGGAUGCAAUGGAUCAGCUGCGGCAGCGGGAUCGAGCAUGCCGAGGGCGGCGCCACACGUGACGGCGAGGUCGAAAAGGGAUUUCAAAUCUGGUUGAACGUGCCUGCGUCCAAGAAGUUGGCUGACCCGGCGUACGGCACCGAGCCCGCGUCUUCGAUCCCGACGGUGGAAUUGGCGGACGGCGUCCAGGCGCGGCUGCUCGCCGGUCCGUUCCUGGACGGCCGCACCGGCGCAUUCAAAGCCGUGCAGCCUGUUCAAAUGGUGGAUUUCGAGCUCGAACCGGGCAGCAAGUUGACGUAUUCGAUUCCAAACGGGUUUGACACAUGCAUGUUGUACGUGUACGAAGGCAGUGGCCAUGUGGGGGGCAAGCCCGCCGGUCCGAAUCAUGUCGCGCUCUUCGACGCCACGUCCGACGCCUCCCGCGGCUUUGAGCUGUCGGCAGGCUCGUCCAAAGUCGCGGCCAUGCUCUUCGCGGGCAAGAAGCUGAACGAGCCCAUCGCGUGGCACGGCCCCAUCGUCAUGAACACAAGACGCGAAAUUCAGGACGCAUUCGACGAGAUCCGCGGCGGACGGUUCCCCCCCAAGCGCGUGCCGUGGGACUACAAGGACCUGUCGGCGUUUCCCAAAGAUAAACUACCCAAGGUGUAGAAUAGAAUUGCUGUAUUCAUAGCUAGUCAUUCAUUCUGUACCAAAUUUCCUUGUGCUUCCAAAACAAAUUGAGCGGUACGUCGUACGAUGUAG